AUGACAGACACAAUCAACCCCAUGGAGUCAUUAUCAGUAUCCCCGUCUCCCGAGCUCCACUUGACGGUAUCCCCCGCGGACACAUCACUGGACUCGCCGGAGCCGGAGGACAUCCUGGAAGAUGAGAAAAAGCCCGCGAAGAAGAGAAAGUCCUGGGGUCAGGAACUCCCAGUGCCCAAGACCAACCUCCCACCACGAAAACGUGCCAAGACAGAUGAUGAGAAGGAACAACGGCGGAUCGAGCGCGUUCUACGGAACCGCGCUGCGGCUCAGACUUCCCGCGAGCGCAAGAGACUCGAGAUGGAGAAGCUAGAGACCGAGAAGAUCCGCAUGGAACAACAAAACCAGUUCCUCAUCCAGCGCCUGUCGCAGAUGGAGGCCGAGAACAACCGCCUGUCCCAACAGGUGGCCCAGCUCUCCGCCGAGGUGCGCGGCUCUCGCAGCACCACCCCCAAGGCGGGCUCGCCCGUCAUGGAAUCCCCCACCCUCACGCCCACCCUGUUCAAGCAGGAAGGCGAAGACCUCCCGAUGGAACGCAUCCCCUUCCCUACUCCCUCCGCCACCGACUACUCCCCGACCCUCAAACCCUCCACUCUGGCUGAGGCCUCCGACGUGACACAACAUCCUGCAGCGGUGUUGUGCGACCUGCAGUGUCCGUCGCCGGCCUCGAAGGAGCUGGAGGCGCCCUUCCUCUCUUCGACCUCGGAUCGGGCAUCGAACCUGACGCUGCAAAUGAUGUUGCAGCUCCUCUUUCUGACGAUGACUUCCGCCGCCUAUUCAACAGUAAUUCACCCUCUGAGUCAAGUCCUUCAUUCCCUGAAGACGGGUUUACCUUUGGCCCUCUCGACGGAGGAGAUCUAUCAGCAUUUCCCUUUGAUUCUUUGGUUGAUUUCGACCCCGAGUCUGUCGCCCUCGAAGGUGCCGACUCGACCAGUCUUCCGGAUGAGACUUCUCACUCGACUGCUAGCGUGCAGCCCAGCCUUGGCGCGUCCACUUCGCGAUGCGACGGGCAGAGCAUUGCAGCUAGCGGUUAGUGAGCGUUUCUCCGCGCAGACUCGGUCGGUCGACGCCCCGGAGGGCCGACCGAGUUGGGAGUCGUUGUUGACAUUGGCUUGGGCAAUCGAUAGACUCGACCAGUCGCGACGGCACCGUCGGGCACUCACCAUGAAGUCCAAAUCCGGCCGGCGACGCAGUUACGGAAAGGUUCAACGGAGUAGUGGGAGUUCCUGGAGUUCUACUGUACACUAG